UGUUGAAUGUUUACAGUGUUCACCAACAGAUUUUUGUUAGUAAUGUUCACUCCCUGUCAGGCUCCUGGUGCAGGGAACACACAGCGUCCCUUCAACAUGAAUCAUUACGCUACUAAGAAGAGUGCAGCGCAGAGCAUGUUGGAUGUGGCUCUUCUGAUGGCGAACUCCUCUCAGCUGAAGACAGUGCUGCAUUCAGGAGCACAGCACCGCUUCUACGUUCCUCUCAUCGCUCUGAUCUCACUGUCCAUCUCACUGCAGGUCAUUGUUGGCCUCCUGCUCAUCUUCAUUGUGAAGUAUGACCUGAAUGAUGUUAAGAAACAGCCAAGACUUAACACAAUGAAUGACGCAGCAACUGUGUUUGUGUUCUUUACUGUUCUUAUCAACAUCUUCGUCACAGCAUUGGGAUUUGAGACUGGAGGGUGAGCAGAGUAACAGCAAAGCAUCAUUAGAAAAUAGAUGUAUACUCAUUCUUUCCAUUAUUUUUAUAGUUAAGUUAACU